AUGACGUUUUUGGAGAGAACCGUCAACUUCGCCACCAUUCUCAUCCUUCGUAUCGUUGUCAAGCAAAUAAUGCGCAAAUAUGAAGAUAUGUUGGGAUGGCAUGGAAUAUACAGUAGAAUUGAAGAUUACAAAGCAAGGACGAACUACAUUUUAUCAAAUUCUGAUGAAUUUCUCGAAUUUGCUGUUCCCACUUCUCAGAGAAUCGUUCACGUUGGUGGCAUAGCACUACCGGAAAAAACCGAAUUAACAAAAGAGUUGCGUGACCUCAUGGAGAGAGGAGACAGAGCAGGUGUUGUGUACAUAUCGUUUGGGACGAUCGUGCCUACAAAAGAUAUGCCUUCUCAUUUCAGAGAGGCUAUCUUCCAUGUGGCGAAAACGUUCCCUCAGAUAACUUUUCUUUGGAAAAUGGAUGCUGAUGACGAAGCUCCCUUAAUACCGAACUUACACUCAUUCACUUGGGUCCCG